GUAUAUCAUCCCAACAUCGACUUAGAAGGGAAUGUCUGUCUAAACAUCCUGCGAGAAGAUUGGAAACCAGUCCUCACCAUCAACUCAAUAGUCUAUGGACUUCAAUAUCUGUUUCUUGAACCAAAUCCUGAGGAUCCAUUAAACAAGGAGGCAGCUGAAGUUCUCCAGAACAAUCGACGAUUAUUUGAGCAAAAUGUGGUGAAAAGCAUGAAAGGUGGCUAUAUUGGCAAUGUGUAUUUUGAUCGCUGCCUGAAAUGAUUGCCAUCACUUGUAUUGUCUCCGAAAUCCAUGUCGUUGUAUUUCAUGGCUGGGGAACGUGGAGUUUGGCAUGAUUGUUAUAUUUAGCUUAAAAGAACUGCUUCCCCCUAACUUUUUAGAAUUAUAUUUAUUCAGUGUGUAGAAAUCUUUUUGAUAAUUUUUUAUUACUAAUUUUAAAUGCAAUUACUGUAAUGUUUGAUGGGGCAUAAAAUGAAAGUUUCACAGUAGUAA